CGAACAAGCGGAGGAGGAGCGGCCCCUCUUCUGCAGCCAGGCGGGGCCGCGCUACCGGGAGGAGGAGGUGGCUUUUUGGCAAGGUGCAGUUUCCUACUGCCCCACUCUUUGAAUGACAGAAGAGUCCUGUGCCAUCUGUAUCCUUGGUUGCCUUGUUCCCCUUCCACUGGAGAAGAGUGAGGCAGGGGACUGAUGAAAUAGCACCAGCAGCAGGUUGUGGAAGAUGCUGCUGCUGGUGGUAGCUUUCCAGAUCCUGCUGUUGUUGGAGACAGUGCUAUGGAGCAGAGGCACAAAGAUGUGCCCUUCAUCAGAGUGUGAGUGCUCAGAGUGGGACCACUACAAAAUCACCUGUAAGGAGACACAUCUCAUUCCCAGCUUUCCACAGGACACCAGAACCCUGAGGUUUAUGGAGACUCAUCUGAGAACAAUUCCAAGUGGAGCAUUUUCUAAUCUCCCCAACAUCUCCAAGAUCUAUAUCUCCAUAGAUGCUACGUUACAAAGGCUGGAGGCCCAUUCCUUCUACAAUUUAAGUAAAGUCACUCAUAUAGAAAUUCGCAAUGCUAGAAAUCUACAUUACAUAGAUCCAGAUGCCUUUAAGAUCCUCCCACUGUUAAAAUACCUAGGAAUUUUCAACACUGGAAUUAUGAUAUUUCCUGACCUCACCAAAAUCUAUUCAGCUGAUAUGAACUUUUUACUUGAAAUUGCAGAUAAUCCUUACGUGACUUCAGUGCCUGCAAAUGCGUUCCAUGGGCUAUGUAACGAAUCCCUUACACUCAAACUCUACAAUAAUGGCUUCACUAAGGUCCAAGGCUAUGCUUUCAAUGGGACGAAGCUGGAUGCUGUCUACCUGCACAAGAACAAAUACCUGAAAGUUAUUGAAGAAGAUGCAUUUUUGGGAGUGAACAGUGGACCAACCCUGCUUGAUGUCUCCCGGACCAGUGUUGCUACCCUUCCAACAAAAGGACUGGAAAACCUUAAAGAACUGAUGGCUAAAAAUACAUGGACAUUGAAGAAACUACCUCCCGUAAAGACUUUUCUUCAUCUAAUGCGAGCUGACCUGUCCUAUCCAAGCCACUGCUGUGCUUUCAAGAACUGGAAGAAAACCAAAGGAAUUCUGGAAUACAUGAUGUGUAACCAGACCAGCAGUCACAGCUUUCGUAAGAAAAGAUCCGUCAGUACCUUCAAUGGCCCUUUUUACCAAGACUAUGCAGAAGAGGAUGUAGACCGCACUGACACCGUGUAUGCUAAAAACUCCAAAUUCAGGGAUUUUCAUGGCAACUCCCACUACUACGUUUUUUUUGAAGAGCAGGGGGAUGGAGAUGUUGGGUUUGGCCAAGAGCUCAAGAACCCUCAAGAGGACAACAUCCAGGGGUUUGACAGCCAUUACGACUAUACAGUCUGUGGUGGCAGUGAAGACAUUGUGUGCACUCCAGAGCCUGAUGAGUUUAAUCCCUGUGAAGACAUAAUGGGCUAUAAAUUUCUAAGGAUUGUGGUAUGGUUUGUGAACCUGCUGGCUAUCCUGGGUAACGUUUUUGUCCUCUUCAUCCUUCUCACCAGUCAUUACAAGUUGACUGUCCCACGGUUUCUGAUGUGCAACCUGGCUUUUGCUGAUUUCUGCAUGGGACUGUACCUUCUCCUGAUUGCUUCGGUGGAUCUCUACACUAGGUCAGAAUACUACAACCAUGCCAUAGACUGGCAGACUGGGCCUGGCUGCAACACAGCUGGCUUUUUCACUGUCUUUGCCAGUGAGCUUUCUGUAUACACACUGACUGUGAUCACCCUGGAGCGCUGGUAUGCCAUCACCUUUGCUAUGCGCCUGGACAGGAAGCUUCGCCUUCGGCAUGCUUUGGUCAUCAUGCUGGGUGGUUGGCUCUCAUGCUUUCUUCUCGCCCUCUUGCCACUGGUUGGAGUCAGCAGCUACAUCAAAGUCAGUAUCUGCCUUCCCAUGGAUACCGAAACACCGUUGGCUCAAGCCUACAUUUUCUUUGUUUUAAUGCUGAACAUCAUUGCCUUUAUCAUCAUCUGUGCUUGCUACAUAAAAAUCUAUAUAACUGUGCGAAACCCUGAGUACAAAUCCGGAGACAAAGACACCAAAAUUGCUAAAAGGAUGGCUGUGUUGAUUUUCACUGACUUCCUAUGCAUGGCACCUAUCUCAUUCUAUGCUUUGUCUGCCAUCAUGAACAAGCCCUUGAUAACGGUCAGUAAUUCCAAGAUCCUGCUAGUGCUGUUCUACCCACUCAAUUCUUGUGCCAACCCAUUCCUCUAUGCUAUUUUCACCAAGGCUUUCCGAAGAGAUGUCUUCAUCCUGCUCAGCAAAUUUGGCAUAUGUGAACAUCAGGCUCAAAUCUACCGUGGCCAGACAGUCUCAGCUAAAAACAGCAGUGGUUCUUAUGGCCAGAAAGGCAGCCGAGGGACAGGUCAGGACUACCAUAACCCACAUGAUGACUAUCACCCUGCAAUUGUGAUGCAAGAGCAAAUUGUCAUGGAAGACUGCACGCUGACUGUGUUAUAGCACCUGAAAGCAUCACAACUGCAGUGCAAUCAAUCAGAUGGUAAUUUAGUGAUCCAAAAAAAAAAUCCAGUGAUAAGAUAUAAUUUUUCCUAGCUGUUUUUGAGGAACAUUGGUAGUGAUUUGAGUGAGCCAUUCACUUGAAACUCCAAUCUUAUACCACUGUCAGUGUAAGA